AGAAAGAAGGAGAAAGAACGCGAGGCAUCAGAGGUGGACGACUGCACGCAAACUUCGUCACCGGGCGGCGGCUGGCAGGGUCGCUUGUCUGCUUUCCUGCACGUGCAUCGAGGGAGUCGCGCCUCCUCUCGCAAGUCCUCUCGGGCGUCGGACGCGAGCGACCUGAGCGAGUUGGGCGGCCCGUGGCUCAACUUGCCCCUGCUGCUGCUCUCGAGCGCCGCCAAUGUCGCCCCAGAGGACAUGGACUGGACCGGACGCGAUUCCGCCGACGCCGCCAGCGCGGACCCCGCCGACCAUGCCGCCACCACGCCCCUCGCACCAGCUCUGUCGAUGUCGCAACCGCGUCGACGCAGCAUCUACAACUUCCCGUUCUUCCUCAAGCACCAGGACGCAGUGGAAACGCACGAAGAAUCCACCUCGCCUUUGCCCCAGAAAAAAACCAUCUGCGUCACGCAGUCUCUGCAUCCCGCAAUGGCCGAGGACGUUGCGAAGCCUAAGCGCGGCAGCAUCAUACGCCGCAAACGCGUUGGCUCUGUGAAAAACCGACCGGCGCCGAGCCUCGCGCCCACGCAAAGGGCCGAGAGCGAACCUGUCAACACCGCUGACGUCAGCAUACUCGUGACGGAAGCCUCCCCUGAGACAGCGUUCGUAAGACCGUCUCUACUUAGACAGCAAAGUGAGGCCACUGUUGUGCAAGUUUUGGUACACAGAGAGAGUGAAGAGUAUACGCAAGAAGACGAGGAUACGCCUCAAAUAACAGUGACAUCGGGUAGUGAUCCGAAUGUGGCCGAGUUAGGCUCGAGUGUGGCCGAUGGACAGGGUACAAUCGAUAUAACAGAGACCGAUAGCUGAUUCGUAGAGACACCACCGCAGUGAGUGACUUGUGAUAAGUAAUUUUUAAGAGUUAUGUAAUUUGUUAUGUUUGUUGAACGUAAUUUUAGAUAACAUAUCAUUAUUUUUCCUUAAUUAUUCCCUAAAUAAAUAAAUAGUAUUAAGUUUUUUUUGUGUUAAAUCGUUUUUAUUAUAAAAUGGUAAAGUGAAUUAAUUCUAAUUCAAACGCCUCUAUGGGCACAAAUUGUAAAUAAGAUUUAGCUCGCAUUUAUUAAUUUUAAUAAAUUGUUCGUUAAGCGCGU